AUGGAGACAUCACGCACGCCGUCUGAAAUGGCGGGAUAUGAUCGCCCGCUCGACACGUUAUUCAGCCGAUUGCCAUCCGUAUUUGUUCCGACGCGCCAUGUAGCCACGUUGGGUCAGCUAUCAGACAUUGCUCGAGCAUACGGCAAAGGCGACGACAAGGAUGAUGGCAUUGGCAACAAAACAUAUUUAUUGACACACGAGAAUGAUGCGAGCUCGCAGCAACAGCUACAAUGGCGGUUCUUUUACUUGGAUACGGAUCGUAUCGACCAAGAACUUGAAAAGAUGACACAUCACCAACAACAAAGCUCGAUGGAACGACAAGACCGUUCCUUUUUACGGACACUAGAAUCUGAGCUCACCAAAGUACACGAUUUCUAUCAUCUCAAACUGGGUGAAAUCCAGCGCCGACUCGACUUUUGUAACAAAAGCAACAAUGACCCAAGCUAUCUAAAAAAGGAGCCCCACAAACGUCUCUCGCAUCUCGAGUCCGAAAUGAGUGCCUUGCCCUGGGAUGUGCAACACUUGGCGCAUUUCGUAAAGGCAAACUAUUGCAAUUUGUUUGCUAUCGUGCACAAAUACGACCGUCAUCUGUCAUCCCCUGCGCGUCUUCCACACGACCAACAACAACAAACGGUUCUGCAAAACCAAAUGUUUCGGCUCGUGGCCAGCAAACCGUUCUGCGAGCCUGCUCAGGUGUUUUCCCUUGUCGUCGCGCUUAACGAAAUAUACAAGGCGAUGCGUUCCAACCAACUCCGGUUAGUGAACAGUUGUCAUAAUGAUAUGUCAGCGUUCUCGGCUGUUGUAGAUCGUAAUGAUCCCCAUGAUAGUGAUGAUGAUGAUGCUGAGACGCACUACUAUAGCACUCCAGCGUCCUUGCAUUCAUGGGAUCCGCAUGUCGGUGGAGAUGAUGAUGAGCUACGCCAAGUGCCCAACUAUACAAGCAUUUACAUAACAAACACAGGAACCGUCGACUCAACUACGAGAACCACCACCACCACCGUACCACCUCGGCUGACAACAACACUUUUGCCUACAGCGACACUGCCACCAUCUCCUGCCACGACGUCGGACAGUGAAGAUUAUGACGAUGAUGAAACUGCAUCACUGAGCUCUGCAAACAAGAAUAAUAGCGACAUGCUCACCGUCAAGCAAUUCUGGGUCCAUCCUGACAAUCUUACGGAAGUCAUGCUAUACAUUGCAAAGUACACUGACCUAAGCGAUUCACAUCUUCCACCUGCGCAAGUUGACACUGCCUCACGACGUAGCCAGCAAAGCAAUCAAAGCACCAUCACAACGCUGCAUCUCGAUACACCCAAUCUUGAGAGCUACAACAAUCGUGUAAACUACUCUAACACGCAGCAGCGAGAAUGCAAAACUUUGCGAAUGCGAUGGUACGAGGAAGAUCAACGAGAUCCAUCCGUUUCAAAACCGGUUGUUGCCAUGGAGGAGAAAGUGUACCGACCCUCUCAUUCUACUACAGCAUCGUCAAUAAGACACAAAAGUUUUGACAAGACUCCUUGCCACCUCCAGGAAGAAAAGAAUUCAUUUGAUGAGCACGAUUACCAGCAACAAGGACAACAACGUCGUCGGCAUGACAGCAAAGCAUACACACGGCAUCGUUUGUGGCUUAAAGCAAAGAACAUGGAGCCAUGGCUCAAUGGAGAGUGGUCCUUUAAACAUCUUCUCAACAAGCCUUACUGUCGCCACCGAAGAACGUCGCUUGUGCAUGGCUCCAGUGACUGUACUGAUUCGUCGAUGGAAGAGAAAAUCAUGCAGAUGGAAAAUGAUGCUCGAUCGAGACGGAUCGAACCAGUGUUGAAGACAACGCUUCGUCGCACAGUCUUCUCUGAUCACGAGAGCGAGUUGGUCAUUUCAAUUGACACGGAUAUCGCCAUUGCUCGUCACGCACGUGUUCAGAAAGCUGUCGACCGUAACGAGGACAGCUAUCGAUGCUACAAUUCCUCCUCGUCGGAAUGCGAUGAUUACUUUGAUCAUCAGCCACCACCACCCAAGUCCCGUAUCAGCUCGAAUGAAACCUAUCCGUAUCCGUCAUUUUCAUCGGAUGACAUGGUUCGCUUCCCUUAUGCUGUCGUCAAAAUCAGCUAUCCCUCCGUCUCACGUCAACGGCAUGCCUGGUUGUUGGAUCUUUGCUCUUCAUCUUUGCUUGAGCCAGUGCACGACUUUUCCGUAUAUGCUCAUGGUAUUGGCGGUCUUAUGUCAGAUACAGUUCAAACAACUCCACAUUGGCUAUCAAAAAUGAACCAAGAUUUAUCACGAUCUGAAAACCGCGGACAGCUUUUAAAACAGCUAUUACGUGUGAAUCUUGCCAUGGAACACAACGCUUCAUCCGGAAGUAACUUGCUAAAAUUACCGCCUACCCCUUUUAGCAGCACAUCAGCAAUUUAUUCUCCUGCGUCGACAAACAGCAGCAGUAGCUGUAUUAGCAGUAAUAAUCGGACUCCAAGCACACGCGCAACCACUCCCAGCAGUACCAAAGGCAAAUCAGUAUCUGAGGAAGAUCUCAGGUCAGCAGCAGUAGAAGCAGUAACAUCCAAUGAGCGCCAACCGCUCCUCCAAAAACAGCAUCCACGGCCUUCGGUUGGAUCUUAUUGCAGCUUCGAUCAUCCUUCUUCUUCCCGCUCAGACCCUGCCCAGUGUCGAGAUUGCAUGACCCGACGACAGUCAUCGCCGCCAUUCUAUAACAAAAGCACCAGCAAUAGUAACAGCCGUUCGCCGUCAUCAGGCAGCCUCUUCAGUCAGUACAACGAUAAAGAAACGACAACUACUAGUCGGAUAGCCCACUUGGUGCGUACGAUGUGGCCAACAUUAGGCGACCUUGGCAAUUUCAAAUCUGUUCGACCAGGUGCUAUCCUACCUAUCCAUACUGCACAGCAUAUAUCACAAACUAACGACACAGCAGCAAAAGAUGAUAAUUACAACAAAUACUUUGUAAUUGAAGAUCAAAAACAAUCCCGUGCAUUGAAACUAACGAUAAUAUGUUUAAUGUCGGCAGUCGCAUUGGCUCUGAUUUUUUACUAUGCUUUGUCCACCUUAUAA